GCUAAAGAAAUGGUUAAACCGCCGUAUUCAUAUAUUGCUUUGAUAGCGAUGGCAAUUCAGCACGCUUGAAAACGGAUAACAUUAAACGGUAUUUAUCAAUUUAUAAUGGAACGAUUUCCUUAUUACCGAGAGAAUAAACAAGGCUGGCAAAAUUCGAUUAGGCAUAAUUUAAGUUUGAACGAAUGUUUCGUAAAAGUAGCUCGGGAUGAUAAGAAGCCUGGAAAGGGAAGUUAUUGGACGCUUGAUCCGGAUUCGUAUAAUAUGUUUGACAAUGGCUCUUAUUUGCGCCGAAGAAGACGAUUCAAGAAAAAAGAUGCUGUGAAAGAAAAAGAGGAAGCUUUGAAACGUCAACAACAGUUACAGAUGGCGCACGACGCUGUUUCAGUAAAAAGGCAGCUUCUACAACAGUUAGACGAUGUGAAAGUCGAUGUUAAACCUAAGUUGAAACGUGAACCAGACUGCGGAUCUAAUAAAUAUCCAAGUAUUGUAGCAGGCGUAGUGUCAGGAACUCAAGAAUUAACUCUAGCAGAUCACACUACAGUAAUGGACACGAGCGCCGCAUUUAGUGUGGACAGCUUAAUGGGUGGUGCAUAUGCAAGAACACCUUCAUUAACAAAUCUACCAGGCUUGUACCCGUACCAUUGUUCACAAUACCAAGAAGAACAGCAACAACAUCAGCACCAAACACAACAAUAUGCGACGCGACCUUCGGCAUGGUAUACGCCAGAAACAUCGCCUGAAAUGCCUCCCGGAUUUCGGGAUUUGUUUGAAGCUCCCAGCUGUCAAAUGGCGCCGCCGCUCCCUACGCCCGGUUCUGUGCAGGGCAGCCCGCCGAGAGUGACGACACCGCCGCCCGUGACGACGGCUCAUUACCGGCCGCAUACCGGGACAUAUUACCAGCCGGACUGCGCGCAAAAGUACUGA